UGCAUUUACCUUCACUCGUGCCUGGCGCAGAGACGUGCUAUAUCGCUGGGCUUCCGGUGGAGAUCGUUUCGAAGAUCUUUAAUCUGGCCGAUCCACGACCAGCGUACCACACAUGGAGGGACACCAAGCAGGAGAGAGAUGAAGAAAAUGGCGACUUCUCUAUCCAGGACGUUCCACCACCGCCACCAACCCCCCUCCACCACCUCACCCGGGUAUGCAAACGUUGGCAGACUAUCCUCGCAUGUAGACCACGCUCUUGGACCGAUAUUAUCGUCCUUCUCGAUCGCGAUAUUCAUGAAACUUGCGCCGAUCUGAAGCUAUCGCUCAGGUUUUCAGAUGAUCUUCCAUUGAAUCUCACCGUGGAUCACCCGAGGACCAUCGGAAGGAUCGACGGCUAUCUCAAGAUGGAGAAAUUCAACACAGCGGCGAUUGUCGAUCUGCUAAAGCCCCACCUAAAUCGGUGCCAGCGUAUCCAAUUCAGUACAGUGAAUGGGUCGUCCUUGCCUUCCCCCUCACAGGAUCUCAAGUUUAGUUCGUCAACGCUGGAAUAUCUGGCCCUCCAAUGCAUGCUCGAUGACAAGCACCCAACCGACAUCCCUUUUGAAAAUGGCCCAGCUCAAUCUUCGGAUGCCGACGAGUUCAAGCUUACGAACCUCAAUGAACUGCACCUCAGCGGGUAUACAGUUAUCGACGCGUGCAGGAACGCGCCCCAUCUAAUACAGGCCGCGAAGAUCGCGUUGAAGCUCAAACACUACAGCUCACGGCACGGGAGGACGAGCGGGCAGAAGAGACGGUCCCUUUCUUCCUCAGAGCUCUCGCUCUCAAUCCUCCUCCGCUAGA